CUUUAUGGCAGUCGUUCGGCGCAAUGCAUUGUGGGAUAAUGCAUAAAGAUGGCUGCAUCCUCGACCAGAACGUCAAAGUGUCAAUAACGUUGCUUUUUUCAUGCGACAGUUGUUUAUCGUUGUAGCGACAAAAUAUCCAACUGACGUGCGACCGAAAAAAAGAAGACAUGUUUGCUCUUGGGGGUUUACUGCGAGCUGGAGCCUCCUUCUAUCGUUCGGCGGGGAUUCUGCUGGACACCGCGAGGGCGUUUUCCACUGGUCCUUGCUGCCAUAUCAGGAUGCAUGCCAUCCCCAAGCCAAAAGUGGUCGACAGAUGGAAUGAGAAAAGGAGCAUGUUUGGGGUGUAUGACAACAUCGGAAUCUUAGGAGAUUUCAAAGCUCACCCCAAAGACCUGAUCAAGGCCCCCUGCUGGCUGAAGGCCUUCAAGGGCAACGAGCUGCAGCGUAUCAUCAGGAAGAAGAGGAUGGUGGGAGACCGGAUGAUGACUCUGGAAAGGCACAACUUGGAGAAGAGGAUCCGAUUCCUCUACAGACGCUUCAACCGCACGGGCAAACAUCGCUGACACCUCGCAAAGGCUUUCAAACAAGUUGUGGUGUUAUUUUUUUUUUUAAUUUCAUUUCUAUGUAUAUAAAUGGAAUGUUUAAAGGUGACAAGUGGUACUUGUGUGUGUAUUACUUUUGCUUUAACACAUCAGUUGUGCCACUUCUCGGGGGGUGGAAAAUUUCCAUGGGAGUUAAGAGAUUAAUAAAGAAGGAAUUUACAGUA